CGGACGCCAAUUUUAGUCUGCUUGUUUCAAUUCAAGGUCGCGGCUGCUUGUCUGAAUAAAAAUCUUUGCCUGAGCAAACAUUGAAUUACAUGUUAAACUGGAGGAAGGACUUGAUAAUUCCAUAAGACAGGAUUUCCAAAGGAAGAAGCUAAACCCAAUUACUCUCAGUCCAAGGACAUCGUUCCAGAAUCUUCAUCAAUUUGCCGUUGCCAUGGUAUCGUAAACACAAGACACAAGGAGGGAUGUAGGAGUCUGAUUUAAGCUUUCUCAUUGGAGAUUGGGGGUGGUCAGAAUGCCAGUCGUGCUGUCCCAUCAAUCUUAACUAUUUCUCUCAAUGAGGAGGUGUCGGAACAUGAAGCGUUUGUGAGCCAUUCCCACACAUCCUCAAUAGAAAUCAACCAUGCUUGGUGUCCGUGACACAGAAAAAGCAAGCACUUUUGGUGGGUAACAAAGAGCGGGAACAAAUAAAGGUCGCGGCAGAUAGCCAUCAAUUCUUUGAUUGCUGUCCGGAAAAACAGAAUAUCAAAUCGAGAAUCUUAUCAAAACAGGGCUGCCAUCUAAAGAAAGUUCCAAAGGCAAACCACAACUCAUUUUGGAAGGAGGUCAAAGAACAGGACUGAUAGAUGUAUGGAUGGGUCGCGGAAUGAUUAUGGGGAUGUAAUUGUGUGGUUUCAUCGGAAAAUGGGUUACUUUUGUGCUUUUCUGUGAACUCUGCAGAGGGAUUUGAGCGAUAAGAGCUCGAUAAUAGCUUUGGAUUAAUUGCAAAGUGAUAUGGGAAGCUGCGAAUGGACAUCGAAUGAACAUGCGCUACAAUUAAUCUUGCUUUCUACAAUGAACGGAUGGACCGGUGGGGCAGGAUAUCAUUUCAUGUGAUUAAAUUGCGAUGGAACAGAGGAGCAUUGUGCCGAAAAUAACACUGGAAAGUCUCAUUUUAGAAUCCCCCAUGAAUAAUGGAUGGUGGAGAAUCUCUUCUUUCAAGGAAUAUUACACACUUCAUUGAAGAGGACUGUUGAAGAGGACACACCACUACAUCUGCAAAUAUUCUCUAGGAUUUAUAGAAUGCAGUGACUUUCGAUACUCGAGAACUCUUCAGAUCUUCACUGCCCAUGCAUUCUAAAGAGAAAAACACACUCGCCAACUAGUAAAAUCGUGAUCUGUCAUUUGAAAUUGUUGAUUAUAUAUUCGUUCCAAAUCGCACAAUUGACUACAUAUCGGAUUUAGGACAGUAAACACAAGUGAAUUCUUCAGGCGAUGUUUAAUCAAUAGCAUCAUUACAUACAAGUACAGCUUGAUGUCUUUGCAACAUUAGUCUACAAUGACUACAGAGUUACUAAAGCAAACUGCAGAACAAGUAAAUUUUAAUUCCUCUUUCUUUGCAUUAAUGUGUUAUUGAAGAAACAUAUCAAAGGAAUACAUCGCCUAACAACAUGGCUUCGUGGUUAAAGGAUCAAAUUACCCGCAGCGGAGUCAAAACUCGCACGCAGCCAUCAAGAAACAUUUUCAAACCCGGGAACACAACUUCGGUUAUUUUCUCGAAAGGGCUCCUCAAUGCACCCGGGGAUAACAACUGUUUUCUAAACAGUGCUGUGCAGGUCUUAUGGCAUCUUGAUGUUUUCAGAAGAAGCUUCAGAGAGAUGAGCGGUCACGCCUGCAUGGGGAAAGCAUGUAUAUUCUGUGCAUUGAAGACGUUAUUCACCCAGCUGCGGCACAGUGAAGAAACCGUAUUACCUCCCGAUGCUCUACGUACUGCUCUUGCCAGCGCUUUCAAGGACCAGCUACGCUUUCAACUGGGAUGCAUGGAUGACGCUGCAGAAUGCUUCGAAAACAUCCUUGUGCGUAUUCACAUUCAUCUUGCCCACAAUAUCAAGGAAGAUCUCUGUGAUGCUAAACAUUGCAUACCCCAUCGCAAGUUUGCGAUGACACUCAUUGAACAUAGUGUUUGCAAAUGUGGUGCUACAUCAGAGCCAUUCCCGUUCACUCAAAUGGUCCAUUAUGUUUCCAGUACAGCUCUAUGUGCUGAAGCUAACAAGAUGAGACAAGACAGAAGAUGGCCAAACACAGAUCAUUUUGGAGUUCUUCUGAGGAAAGCGGGUGCCAUAGGUGACGUCAGAGACUGUCCUAGUUCAUGUGGACUGAAGAUACAUAUCAGAAGAAUACUCAUGAAUUGUCCUGACGUUGUGAGUAUUGGAUUGAUCUGGGAUUCCGACAAGCCUGAUGUUGAGCAUAUAUCAGAUGUCAUCUGUAAUCUGGGUACUACUAUACAACUUAGAGAGCUAUUUGAUGACACAGUGGAUGAUAGAGCAAAGGCCAACAGUCUGUUCCUGGUUGGUAUUGUAACCUACUAUGGCAGGCACUACACCACAUUCUUCUACAACACUAACUUGAGAUACUGGGUCUACUUUGAUGAUGCAGUGGUAAAACAGGUUGGUCACAAUUGGUCAGAUGUUGUGGACCGAUGUCGGAGGGGUCAUUUUCAGCCUCUAUUGCUUCUCUAUGCUUACCCAGAUGGAAAAGCAGUGUCGACAGCCACAGCCCCAAAGUUCACAACCAUGCUCAAAGGCUAUGACAAAGAUGACAAGGAAAAUGAAGGGCCGCUUGUCCACCCAAACAAACCGGAAGAAUCUCUGUUACACAAGGUCCUCGCCGAGCCCGAAGAACGCAUCCCAAUCCACCACUACCAUGGGAACAGUAACAGUAGCACCAUGAGUGGACAGAGUGCCAGCUCCAACGAUUCCCAGAAUACAUUGGUGUACAAGCCAGUAGGGACUGUCCCUGAGUUCCAGGCAUCUUCGGAGACACAGCCACCCCCAAGGGUUGACUCUGGAAGAGAUGUCAGGAGAAACGAAGCUGUUUGGGAGAUCAACGAUGAUGGGUCUGUAGCCAAUGCAACCAGAGCUAGUUGGAUUCCGAAUUCUGUCGUUGAGAUUGGGCAUGAGGCAUUGAACUACGUUCCGAUGAAGAAGCCUGGUGAAGGAAGCUAUGCCAUAUCUCAGUUUGCCUUGCAAGGACAUGAUGAUCAUAUGGACAAAGGAAAUAGUUCUAAGACAAUGCCUAGAUCUCAGAACAAGCCUGAGAGGCCAUCCUCUGCCAAGGAUUCAUCCUAUGGUCAACGAAUCCAAGUGCCGAUGUCUCCGCAGCAGAGUAAAAGACCAUCUUCAGCACAGUCUAAGAUUAGUAGACAGUCAGUAAGGCAGGUUUCCUCUUCCGUUGUGAGUACAAGUGAAUCAGUGCCACAAAGGACAGACAUGGCAUCCCAAAAUGGAGCCAAGUAUAAUGCAAGGACAGGAAUGAUCACUGAUAAUAAAGAGGCACAGUCUCCUCAACAUGUGCCUCAGCCUAGCCUCACCUUCGAGCCUUUUGGUAACUUUGCAACUGAGGUGGAAUGUGAACCUGUAGCCCAGGUAAAUGAACGACUGAACGUCAAGCCCCUGCAGGAGUUUGGUGUGAGACAAAGACCUCAGGACACUCGUACAAAUCAGACAAAUGUUCUAAAUUCGAAUCAGCAAAACCCAAAGACAAAUGUUGUUAGACAGGGAUCUUGGAGUAGUGGUACCAGUGGACAAUAUUCUGGAGAUUCUUUCCAGAGACCUUCCUCUUCUGAGAAUAAUCAAUCUGUGCAAAGAACAAGUUCCUUAUCUAUCAAACCUCUUGAGAGAUAUCAAGCAUCUCAUAGUAGUAACCCUGAUUUGAAAUCUGAUGCUAAUGAUUUACAAGGAUUGAAUUCAAAUUCAAGCUAUAAUAGUUCUAACAAUGGGCAGUUUCCCAAGUAUUCAAGUGUACCAGACCUGCAACGACAGAGUCCUCAAGAUGAUAGAACAGGAAAACAUUACUCAAGUUCAGACCUUCUUGCAGGAUCAAGAUCUAUAAAGCGUUCCCCUUCGUUAGACCAACCUGUAUCUCCAGGAGGUAUACUGGAUGCUGCAAUUCGCAAUCAUGAACCAGCUGUAACGCAGAAUCACCAACAGACUGAUGGGCGUCACAUACCACUUAUGAGGUCAUCGUCUGUGACUCGAAAUUCCGAUGAGAAACAAGCUAGGGCAAAGCUGAACAUACAGAAUGGGUUCUUGACCCUACCUGGAAAGAAACGAGCGAAUCAGUUCAGAGCGAGUAACAAGCAGAGUUUGGUAAGUGGUGGCAGCAGUGGGAUGGGGUACAAUCCUGGACAGCAAAGAGAUGCAAUGUACCAUCAACCCAAUGCUGAAGUCAGGUCACAUAGCACACCUCACAACGAAGGACUCACCAUGAGACAGACUCCUGAGGUGCAUGUCAGCAAAGGUUUGGACAUUGACUCAAUUGCAAGCCGAGACUCAGGUUACAGGAGUCGAGACAGAUCAAGUGCAAGCUCCGGUAGUGUCUAUUCCCUAGAUGGGCACUCGUCUGAUACUGCGCCAUCAAGUGGAAUAGCCCCAACAUCCAGUGAUAAAGAUUCCUCAAAGUAUGGACACGUCCACCAAAGCUAUGAAAAGAGUCCUCAACCAUCCACGGAUCCGACUAGGAACAGAGGUGAUGCCCAAAGAUCAAAGACACCUACUGCGCAACUUGGUCAACACUUUGCACCUGCAGCUGACAAAUCGGAAUCAGGAACUCCAUUACAGCUUCAGAGAACUGAGGAUGUAGUCGUUGACCUCAUGAAAGGUGUUGAAGAACAGUUAGGUUCAUCCAUCAAGGCUGAGGAAGGAGGGGAUUUGGCGAUAGCACUUGGUCUGUGCACAGCAGCUGCUUCAACACUAAAGAUUGCGUUGCGUUUGGAUGGCUUGAAUGAGCAGACCAAACUCUUCCUUCAGACCAAGUACAACACGACAGUGCUGAAAUCUCGAGGGUUACAUCGCAGGUUGACCUUGCUCAGGAGAUCCCAGGAGGAUAAGAAUACUGUCAAUACUCCACCUCCACCCCCACAGCCUGACUAUCCAAGAGCCCAACCUAUACAGAGAAGAGACAGCAGGGAAGACAUGCGACGACAAGAGCAGGAAUCCAUGAAGCAGAUAGAACUGUUGAAGAAGCGAGUGGAAGACCUAUCACAAGCUCAGGAUACCAGCCGACUGUAUGGCCAGAAGAGUUCUACUGAACAGACAGAUUCUUCAAGAAUUGGCUAUCAACCUCAGCAGUAUCGGAGCGUUCCCUCCUCACCUUCCCUGCAACGGAAUAGACCCAGUGGUAACCAGAACAUGCAGUAUGGAUCAGCUACCAGUACGGCAUCAGGUUCUUCUGUGGGACAUGGUCAUGGUCGGAUCAACCAGGACCCUUCUAGUGGACAGGGUCGGGUACCUCAGGGACAUGGUGCCUCACAGGGAUCCUCAGUAGGUUCAUCAGGGCACCACGUAGCAUCCGCUUCACCUUCUAUCCACAAAGACUGGACCCAAUCCCAGAUUGGAUAUCCAUCAGGUUAUGCCACUGUGGGGCGAAGUGCCACACCCCUCGGUUUUUCGUCAACAACGCGGCAAGCGGAGACUGGCGGGACACGGUACCGGUCACAGACACCCACUCCCUACCUUGGCUCUGCAAAACCCUCAACAGGCUAUUCGGAACAUCACUUGAAUACAGCAGGAAAUCGUAAUAACAAUGCCAUUAAUCAACAGACUGGGAGAGGCUACCAAAACACACCAAGUGAGGUGCAACCAAGGAUCCACAACCAGGAUUGGGUCAGGAGAGAGCAGCCUAGGCCUGAAACCACAGGAUUGGGAAAACCUAUGAUGUCUGAUACCACGACGUUCAUCAAGUAUAACAGUGCUAUACCCCAGCAGGGAAGUAUGAGAGGAACCAGUACGUACCUCAAGCAUCGUAUGGGAGAUAACCUGAUUGACCUGUCUUAAAGCUGAUCGUGGCAAGUCUAAAUAACUGAGCCAGAAUGAUAAUCUCCAUCGAGGAUGUACACAAUAUUCAAAUUUUCACACAUUUAAAGGGAAUGGUCAGUUCUCGUUCAUAAUUCAUUUUUUUUCAUAUCCAUUUGGAAUUAUUUCAUCAGGAAUUGUUACACUCCAAAGUUUUUGCCCUUCAAAUGUCUUUGUAUAUGAAAUAUGACAAGAAAUACAGCCCAAAUGUUUGGGCUAUAUUGCAAUUCAUGCCAGAUUUGUCUUUGGUCUCGUAUACUCAUUUCUGUGUUCAGCCCAACUGCAAUCAGUUGAAUGUCUUAAUCCUCUCUUUGCUACAGACUUGCAAUCCACUUUUUCAUGUUCCGUAAUUAACUACAUUAAUGAACUUGUAUAUGAACGGCCUUGAAACUAAUUGUAUAGUUCAAGUUUAAGAUAUUUUGAGAAAUACCAAAGCUACAAAUAAAUUCCAGUUCAGUAAUAUAUUAGAUUGAUGGAAAAAUUAUGUUGUUAUACUAGUAAUGUAUUCACAGUUUGUAUUUCAUAGCAUACUUUGCUAAUGUACAGAGAUACGGUAUAUGUCUGCAACUCUUAUUUUUAUAUAUACAAAAGAUUUAUAGUGAGUGUAUAUGUAUGUAUAUACUGUGGUUAGUUGAGUUGAGAAUUUAUGAAACAAAUGGCUAAUAUAAUAUAAAAUGUAUAUGAAAGAAGAAAUAUUUAUUCUUUGUGAGAUGGACAGUCUAAGAUGAUGACAUUGUUUUAGUGGUAAUGAUAGAUUUUAUCAAUCCGCUUCAAAUACAGCACCAUAAAAAGCUUUAUUUUUACAUCCUUUACGAUGAGUUUAAUAGGCAAAGUUGACUGUACUUUCAUCCCCGAGUCACCCAAAGACAGAUGGCAUUGACAUGUUUAUCCAGCAUUUGUUUGAAAAAUGUACUCAAUUUCCACUUGAAUAUGUAGCUUUGGAUUGUUUUUUAUCCACUGCAUGUCAUUAUUAGAGACGCCACCCAUCCAUUUUUGCAGUUUUUUGUACAGGUUUUGUUAAAAAUCACUGGAGUUUUCAUUUUUCUGCAUAUCAUUACAUUAGACAUAUUGAUUUUUUUUGUCAUUAUUGCAGCCUUUGUAGAAAUAUGAAUCUAUAUGCUUUUCACCCAGUCUUUGGUUCGUGGAUCUCAAAAUAUUGCAGUGUUGUUUAUAUUCAUUUAAAAAAAAACAAGUCAAUCAUGUAAGAUAUAUUUUCAUCACUAUUGAUGAAGUUUAUGUGCAGUGUUUUUCUGAUAUACAUUUAUUUCUGUGUUUAAAUUCCUUUCUGAAAGUGCUGCCUCUUAUGUUUUCAUAGUAGAAUGAAAUAGUGCAGCAUCUUGCCAUUCAUGUUUGUUGUCUAUCACAGUUUGAUUUAUUAUUUGUUUUAAAGAGAAAUUCCAGUAGCUGCAGUAAACACUGAUUUCAUGAGAAAGUCCGUAAAACAAGGCUUAAUUGUCAGUAUAUCAUCGAGGAUCUAGAUCUGGUACAGUUACAUUAACUGAACUUUGUGAAAUCUUGAAAUCUACGCUAAAAAAUGUUCACACCGAGAUCCCCAACACAGAUAAGUGCACGUGGGACAAUGUAUAAUUAUCGCUUAGAGCGUCGGGCCCGACGCUCUACCCGAAUCCUGUGCUUACUUGCUGAUUUCUCACCAAUUACACGAUUUCUUCCAGAAUCCUUUGGCACAUGCGUUUUAUUUAUACAAACAGACACUUUGGUGGUCAUUUCAUUGGAUUCUGUACGAACUCAUUUUGAUAUCGUUACCAAAACUAGCAUUUACCUUUAAUCAAUCUGUAAUGUCUAGACAAUGAUUGGAUCUUCUUCUUUGUGAACCCCCUUCACACAUGUAUUCAAGUAAAUAUUAGUAAUGGAUACAUUAUAAGUAAUUUCAAAGACAAGGUCACACACAUAUGAUGAUGUUGCUGCGUUUCUUGCACGGCAUACCCCACUUAAACUCAUUCCUGUUCGUGCAUUGUUGCUUUGAUAUUGCCAGUCGGCGAAAGUGAUGGGCUACUCGCUGUAAUGCACUUUCAGGUUAACAAUUAAUUGUACGCUUGAUUUUCACGAUUGAUUGUACAUUGUAAUCAAUUAAAUCAAUCGUAAAGAAAAUGUUCCAUGCACCGUUAAAAUGUUGGGCAACAUAGUGUUCUCUCAACAAUUGGCUACAAAAUUUAUCCAACUUUGGGUAGUUUUCAACCAAUAUUGUGUAGUUUUCACCCAAAGCACACAUUAUUGGUUUAAAACUACCCAGAAUUGGAUAAAGUUUCAACCAAUUGUUAUGUGGACAGUAUGUUGCCCAACAUAUUUAAGAGUGUGAUGAUUGCUACGCUUACAUUGCUAAACUUACAUCCAUCCAUAUCCCAAAAGGGGGGUAAAUAAUUCUAUAAGAUUUUUUUUAUUGGCACCAGUUUCUCUUUUCCAAUUAAAAGAAAAAUGUCAGUAAUAGUGCCAUAACACUUGUCGCUUUUGAAUUCUCUGGAGUAGACCUAGCAGUUGGUAUCCCUUUCUACUUUUAAACUUUCUAAAGAAUAGUUAAAGAGAACAUCCAUCGGUGAAAGGGGCCUUUUCAUUUCUUUAUUUACCAAAGUGUGGAUUGAAACUCAAUGGCUUUUGCUGUGCAGUGUUUUGGUGGGACAGUUUUUUUUUAAAUCAUGUAAAUUAUUUCAUUCAAGUUUUUUUUUAUCAUUUUGGCAGUGAGAUUAUCGUUAUAUGCAAAUUUACAUACAUUAAGUUUUGUGAUAUUGGACAGUGUGUGGAAUAAUUUCCAUGUUUGAAACAGACUUUGAAACAGAGGGUCGUGGGAUCGAAUCCCAGCCAUGGCGUAAUUUCCUUCAGCAAGAAACUGAUCCACAAUGUGCUGCACUCAACCCAGGUGAGGUAAAUGGGUACCGGUAGGAAGUAAUUCCUUAAGAAGCUAUGUGCGCUCUGAACGCCUAGCUUAGCCGGGUAAUGUAGGAGCGCCUUGAGCACCUAACAAGGUGGAUAUGUGCGCAAUAUAAAUACCCUAUAUUAUUAUUAUAUUUGUAUUCAAAAGUACUUACAUUGUUAAACAGUAUCUUCAUUUGUAAAAUGAAAGAAAUGAGGAAUCAACUAGAAUAUCUAAUCAAUUUUUUAAAAGUAAACUAGGUUCCAAAAGAAACUUAUUAAACUUUACAUAUUCGACUCUGUCAAAAUGAACAAUAUGUUUACAAUGUAGCUUCAAUAAUCCUUUCAAUAAUUAAUAGAUUAGUUCAACCACAGAGAGGCUAUAGCCCCUUCCAGCUAUUUGUUUCUUCAGAAUCCAAAGUAAAAAAAAUGGCAAAAGAAAGACCAAUGAAAGUGAGAUGGGAUUAAACAAAUUUCCCAUUUUAUUACCCCUAAUAUUCUUUUUUCUAUCCCUAAUCCUAUCUGUCACGAUGUAAGUCGAUUUUUGCCCUAAAUAAACUCAAGGAUAAAGUUCAGCCGGUAUCAUAGGUCCCUGUUUUUGCUUAGUUCUCUUGGCUUGCAUUGUAUUACACAUAUGUUAUGCGUACAAUCCUCUUAGGUAGUUUGUGCCUUUGAUUUGAAAUGGCUUUUACACCUUGACUCAUACAUGCUAUUACCAAGGAUACAUGUCUGUGAUCUGUUCUAGUCUAUAUUAAUGGUGUUUGACAUGAUUAUACAGAUGCUUUUAAAUUAUUGAAGUAAGUUUGAUUUUAAUUAAACCAUGUGUC